AUGCUGCGUGCGUCUGGGCAGAGUGAGGUAUGGAGCGACGCUCGGCCGGAGGACAAGUUCCAUCAGUACGGCUGGCGCUGCGGAACCAGCGAGGACGGAUAUGGUACCGGGACUCUGAUCGGUAACUGGGUCGAACAACAAAAAGACAGCACUCAAUCCCGGAAAGCCAGACCCCUACCUUCACAGGUUAGACCCCUACCUUCACAGGUUAGACCCCUACCUUCACAGGUUAGACCCCUUCACAUUUUAGCCCCAUUCACAGGUUAGACCCCUUCACAUUUUAGCCCCCUUCACAGGUUAGACCCCUUCACAGGUUAGACCCCUUCACAGGUCAGACCCCUACCUUUACAGGUUAGACUCCUAUUUUCACGUCAGACUCCUACCUUUACAAGUUAGACUUCUCAGGUUAGUGGGGGGGACUUAACCUGGCGGGGGUCUGGGGGAGGGCGGGGGUCUGAGGGAGGGUGGGGGUCUGGGGGAGGGCGGGGGACUGGGGGGGGUCUGGGGGAGGGCGGGGGGUUAGGGGGAGGGCGGGGGUCUGGGGGAGGGCGGGGGACUGGGGGGGGUCUGGGGGGGGUCUGGGGGAGGGCGGGGGUCUGGGGGGGGGUCUGGGGGAGGGCGGGGGUCUGGGGGAGGAAUUAUUUUGGGCAUCUAAAGCUCAUUUCCUGCAUUUUUACACAAUCCAAUAUGCCGUCUCCAUUUAGAACAAAAAUGAAUCAACUUUUUAAAAACGACAAAGACUUUUGAUUUAUUAAGACAUCCUCUAUAACCAGCCAGACUGACCAGCCAGACCGACCAGCCAGACCGACCAGCCAGACCGACCAGCCAGACCGACCAGCCAGACCGACCAGCCAGACCGACCACCAGACUGACCACCAGCCGACCAGUCAGCCCGACCAGCCGAACCGACCAGCCAGACCGACCAGCCAGACCGACCAUCGCCCAGACCCACCAGCCAGACCGACCAGCCAGACCGACCAGCCAGACCGACCAGCCAGACCGACCAGUCAGCCCGACCAGCCAGCCCGACCAGCCAGACCGACCAGUCAGCCCGACCAGCCAGACCGACCAGCCAGACCGACCAGCAGACCGACCAGCCAGACCGACCCAGUCGACCGCGACCAGCCAGACCGACCAGUCAGCCCGACCAGUCAGCCCGACCAGCCAGACCGACCAGCCAGACCGACCAGCCAGACUGACCAGCCAGACCGACCAGUCAGCCCGACCAGCCAGACCGACCAGCCAGACCGACCAGCCAGACCGACCAGCCAGACUGACCAGCCAGCCCGAGCUGCCUACACACCCGACCCCCACCUGUCUAGUCAAUAACUCAACUCUCUCCCAAUACAAUUUCCUUCCCAUUUCACACCUUAAAAAUGUUUCUGAGUGGCGCAGUGGUCUAAGGCACUGCUUUGCAGUGCUAACUGUGCCACUAGAGAUCCUGGUUCGAAUCCAGGCUCUGUCGCAGCCGGCCGCGACCGGGAGACUCAUGGGCGGCGCACAAUUGGCCCAGGGUAGGGGAGGGAAUGGCCGGCAGGGAUGUAGCUCAGUUGAUAGAGCAUGGCGUUUGCAACGCCAGGGUUGUGGGUUCGAUUCCCACGGGGGGCCAGUAUAAAAAAAAAAAAAUGUAUUCACUAACUGUAAGUCGCUCUGGAUAAGAGCGUCUGCUAAAUGACUAAAAUGUAAUGUCAAUGUUUUACUCCCAAGGGAAAGGUUUAAAAUAUAUAUAUAUAUACACAUGCAGUACACCUCAAAUAUACAUGAACACACAGAAACAGCAAAUCCACCAUAUAAUUAAUCUCAUAGGUCUAAUAGUACUGUAGAGCUUUUUACUUCCACCCAAUACAGCUGGGUCGCCCCGUCCUGCCCCUAGGGGUCCACGGCCCUGCAGCGCCCCAACCCAACACACCCCACUCAGCUGGGUCACCCCGUCCUGCCCCUAGGGGUCCACGGCCCUGCAGCGCCCCAACCCAACACACCCCACUCAGCUUUAGGAUCUUAGUGAAACAUUCAUUAUUGGUUUCAGGUGUGUUAGGCCAGAGUGACAACCCACAGGACGGCAGACCCCCAGGGCCAGGACUGAGCAGCCCAGCAGCUAGGGAUUGCCUUAAGAGGUAUCUCCCCUGACGUGGGCAUGUUUUCAAUACAGACUCCUUUAGUCGUACUGUAUUCCAUAUAAGGCAUUAUUGCCCAGUAUACCCUUAAUGCAAAUAGUCCGGGUAGCCAUGAUUAGCUGUUCAGGAGUCUUAUGGCUUGGGGGUAGAAGCUGUUAAGAAGCCUUUUGGACCUAGACUUGGCGCUCCUGUACCUCUUGGCGUCCAGUAUCAACAUUUCCAAGUGAACAAAAGCAGGGAGAAGGGAGAAUCUGUAGACAUGCUGAGAUAAAAGAACAUACUCUUUGCCAGAAUUCAGUCAGCCUUCACAAGACCAUAACAUGCAAAUAUGUCCCCUUUGUGUUUUACACCUCCAGCAGAGGAAUGACAUUUCUGAGUGCAUGUUAUUCAGUUUCACUGGCAUAUAGUACGUUCUAUGGAUGGCCUUAAACUGCAGUAAUUUAUGUAUGAGAUGAUAUGAAGAUGACUGGGCAUUCUAACAUAUCUGUAUCCAUUCAUCAUCAUCAAUAGCGUCUCCCAGGUCUCCUGUUUUGUAUCAUCGGGAAAAGCCUCUAUCAACCCUUGAUACAGUUUGGAAAUCAACUUUGGAGGUUUGUCAGACUGCCUUUAAAUAGUUUCAAUCUUUGAAGCAUCUUGCUUGUCCAGUGUUUGCUGCACAGAGAGAAUAAAGUGUUGUAUCUGCAAACAAUCACCUCAGCUCCGUCACAGACGGGUCUUCCCUGGCUGCCUGACCCUGACUGGUCUUCCCUGGCUGCCUGACCCUGACUGGUCUUCCCUGGCUGCCUGACCCUGACGGGUCUUCCCUGGCUGCCUGACCCUGACUGGUCUUCCCUGGCUGCCUGACCCUGACUGGUCUUCCCUGGCUGCCUGACCCUGACGGGUCUUCCCUGGCUGCCUGACCCUGACUGGUCUUCCCUGGCUGCCUGACCCUGACUGGUCUUCCCUGGCUGCCUGACCCUGACUGGUCUUCCCUGGCUGCCUGACCCUGACUGGUCUUCCCUGGCUGCCUGACCCUGACGGGUCUUCCCUGGCUGCCUGACCCUGACUGGUCUUCCCUGGCUGCCUGACCCUGACUGGUCUUCCCUGGCUGCCUGACCCUGACGGGUCUUCCCUGGCUGCCUGACCCUGACUGGUCUUCCCUGGCUGCCUGACCCUGACGGGUCUUCCCUGGCUACCUGACCCUGCUGAGACCCCCGUCACCACCUGAUCCUCCUAAAAUGAGGCAUGAUAAAGAAUUACCUUGGUGUACAUUUACACAUUAUAUUAUCCAAGAAUAGAAUCAAUGGUUCAAUCAUUGAAAUGACCAUUAUUCCCAGAUCCCAGACUGUGGCUUUAAGCUGCUGUCCUGUAGCUACUGUAGGUGUCCCCAUCAAUUCAAGAUGGAACUUUAUAUCAUUCACUGAUAUUGUUAAUAUACUGUCAAAUUCCCCUGAGCUCCGUAGACUGGUCUUCCCUGGCUGUCUCACCCUGCUGGGACACCUGUCCCCAUCUGAUCCUGCUAAGACAUGAUGAGCAUAGUGUUGUGUACUGACGGCACUAGAGGGCUGUGGCUCCGACAGAGAUCACUGCGGCGCGAUCUGCAUUUUUCAUGCUGCAGGCAGUAAGACAGAUGACUUUGGGAUGAAAAUAUUUUUGUUAUCCCACAGAUUAUUUGGAAACGGUCCUCUUUCUGUUUUGUAUGCGUUAGCCUGACUAUUGUAUUAAAACACAUCUUUUUUACAUUACUCACACACUCAGAAUUCUCUGCUUCAACUUCAGUAUCCUCCCUCUCCUAGUUGGGCGGGAGAGUUCAAGUGCACCUAGUAUGUGUGGUCUCUUUGAAAUAGAGUAGGCUGCCUACAUGGGUGGAGAAUCACCUGGCAGUUAACUGGAAUAUGAGAUAGAGUAGGCUGCCUACAUGGGUGGAGAAUCACCUGGCAGUUAACUGGAAUAUGAGAUAGAGUAGGCUGCCUACAUGGGUGGAGAAUCACCUGGCAGUUAACUGGAAUAUGAGAUAGAGUAGGCUGCCUACAUGGGUGGAGAAUCACCUGGCAGUUAACUGGAAUAUGAGAUAGAGUAGGCUGCCUACAUGGGUGGAGAAUCACCUGGCAGUUAACUGGAAUAUGAGAUAGAGUAGGCUGCCUACAUGGGUGGAGAAUCACAUGGCAGUUAACUGGAAUAUGAGAUAGAGUAGGCUGCCUACAUGGGUGGAGAAUCACCUGGCAGUUAACUGGAAUAUGAGAUAGAGUAGGCUGCCUACAUGGGUGGAGAAUCACCUGGCAGUUAACUGGAAUAUGAGAUAGAGUAGGCUGCCUACAUGGGUGGAGAAUCACCUGGCAGUUAACUGGAAUAUGAGAUAGAGUAGGCUGCAUACAUGGGUGGAGAAUCACCUGGCAGUUAACUGGAAUAUGAGAUAGAGUAGGCUGCCUACAUGGGUGGAGAAUCACAUGGCAGUUAACUGGAAUAUGAGAUAGAGUAGGCUGCCUACAUGGGUGGAGAAUCACCUGGCAGUUAACUGGAAUAUGAGAUAGAGUAGGCUGCCUACAUGGGUGGAGAAUCACCUGGCAGUUAACUGGAAUAUGAGAUAGAGUAGGCUGCCUACAUGGGUGGAGAAUCACCUGGCAGUUAACUGGAAUAUGAGAUAGAGUAGGCUGCAUACAUGGGUGGAGAAUCACCUGGCAGUUAACUGGAAUAUGAGAUAGAGUAGGCUGCCUACAUGGGUGGAGAAUAACCUGGCAGUUAACUGGAAUAUGAAAUAGAGUAGGCUGCCUACAUGGGUGGAGAAUCACCUGGCAGUUAACUGGAAUAUGAGAUAGAGUAGGCUGCCUACAUGGGUGGAGAAUUACCUGGCAGUUAACUGGAAUAUGAGAUAGAGUAGGCUGCCUACAUGGGUGGAGAAUCACCUGGCAGUUAACUGGAAUAUUAAAUUAACUUAAAUAUGAUUAGUUUACUACAGUGUCUGUAAAAAAAAUAUUGAUAAUGGAAAGAAGUGGAGGUCGCUCAACCAACGUGAGUCGAAGUACAAUCUAUAUAUAUUUUUUAUCUUUGUUGAAAAGGAAAAGGCACAACGUGCACAUAGGUUAGGUUACUAUGGUGAGCAUAGGUUAGGUUACUAUGGUGAGCAUAGGUUAGGUUACUAUGGUGAGCAUAGGUUAGGUUACUAUGGUGAGCAUAGGUUAGGUUACUAUGGUGAGCAUAGGUUAGUCUACUAUGGUGAGCAUAGGUUAGGUUACUAUGGUGAGCAUAGGUUUGGUUACUAUGGUGAGCAUAGGUUUGGUUACUAUGGUGAGCAUAGGUUAGGUUACUAUGGUGAGCAUAGGUUAGGUUACUAUGGUGAGCAUAGGUUAGGUUACUAUGGUGAGCAUAUGUUAGUCUACUAUGGUGAGCAUAGGUUAGGUUACUAUGGUGAUCAUAGGUUAGGUUACUAUGGUGAUCAUAGGUUAGGUUACUAUGGUGAGCAUAGGUUAGGUUACUAUGGUGAGCAUAGGUUAGUCUACUAUGGUGAGCAUAGGUUAGGUUACUAUGGUGAGCAUAGGUUAGGUUACUAUGGUGAGCAUAGGUUAGUCUACUAUGGUGAGCAUAGGUUAGGUUACUAUGGUGAGCAUAGGUUAGUCUACUAUGGUGAGCAUAGGUUAGGUUACUAUGGUGAGCAUAGGUUAGUAUACUAUGGUGAGCAUAGGUUAGUCUACUAUGGUGAGCAUAGGUUAGGUUACUAUGGUGAGCAUAGGUUAGGUUACUAUGGUGAGCAUAGGUUAGGUUACUAUGGUGAGCAUAGGUUAUGUUACUAUGGUGAGCAUAGGUUAGUCUACUAUGGUGAGCAUAGGUUAGUCUACUAUGGUGAGCAUAGGUUAGGUUACUAUGGUGAGCAUAGGUUAGGUUACUAUGGUGAGCAUAGGUUAGGUUACUAUGGUGAGCAUAGGUUAGGUUACUAUGGUGAGCAUAGGUUAGGUUACUAUGGUGAGUAUAGGUUAGUCUACUAUGGUGAGCAUAGGUUAGGAUACUAUGGUGAGCAUAGGUUAGGUUACUAUGGUGAGCAUAGGUUUGGUUACUAUGGUGAGCAUAGGUUUGGUUACUAUGGUGAGCAUAGGUUAGGUUACUAUGGUGAGCAUAGGUUAGGUUACUAUGGUGAGCAUAGGUUAGGUUACUAUGGUGAGCAUAGGUUAGUCUACUAUGGUGAGCAUAGGUUAGGCUACUAUGGUGAGCAUAGUUUAGGUUACUAUGGUGAGCAUAGGUUAGGUUACUAUGGUGAGCAUAGGUUAGGUUACUAUGGUGAGCAUAGGUUAGGUUACUAUGGUGAGCAUAGGUUAGGUUACUAUGGUGAGCAUAGGUUAGUCUACUAUGGUGAGCAUAGGUUAGUCUACUAUGGUGAGCAUAGGUUAGGUUACUAUGGUGAGCAUAGGUUUGGUUACUAUGGUGAGCAUAGGUUAGUCUACUAUGGUGAGCAUAGGUUAGGUUACUAUGGUGAGCAUAGGUUAGGUUACUAUGGUGAGCAUAGGUUAGUCUACUAUGGUGAGCAUAGGUUAGGCUACUAUGGUGAGCAUAGGUUAGGUUACUAUGGUGAGCAUAGGUUAGGUUACUAUGGUGAGCAUAGGUUAGGUUACUAUGGUGAGCAUAGGUUAGGUUACUAUGGUGAGCAUAGGUUAGGUUACUAUGGUGAGCAUAGGUUAGUUACUAUGGUGAGCAUAGGUUAGGUCUACUAUGGUGAGCAUAGGUUAGGUUACUAUGGUGAGCAUAGGUUAGUCUACUAUGGUGAGCAUAGGUUAGGUCUACUAUGGUGAGCAUAGGUUAGGUUACUAUGGUGAGCAUAGGUUAGGUUACUAUGGUGAGCAUAGGUUAGGUUACUAUGGUGAGCAUAGGUUAGGUUACUAUGGUGAGCAUAGGUUAGUCUACUAUGGUGAGCAUAGGUUAGGUUACUAUGGUGAGCAUAGGUUAGGUUACUAUGGUGAGCAUAGGUUAGGUUACUAUGGUGAGCAUAGGUUAGGUUACUAUGGUGAGCAUAGGUUAGGCUACUAUGGUGAGCAUAGGUUAGGUUACUAUGGUGAGCAUAGGUUAGUCUACUAUGGUGAGCAUAGGUUAGGUUACUAUGGUGAGCAUAGGUUAGGUUACUAUGGUGAGCAUAGGUUAGGUUACUAUGGUGAGCAUAGGUUAGGUUACUAUGGUGAGUAUAGGUUAGUGUACUAUGGUGAGCAUAGGUUAGGUUACUAUGGUGAGCAUAGGUUAGGUUACUAUGGUGAGCAUAGGUUAGGUUACUAUGGUGAGCAUAGGUUAGGUUACUAUGGUGAGCAUAGGUUAGGCUACUAUGGUGAGCGAGCGUUGCGCCUUUUCAUUUUCAAUAAGUAUUGAUUAUCCAGACCAUUAUUCCUCCUCCAUCAAACUUUACAGUUGGCACUAUGCAUUGGGGCAGGUAGCGUUCUCCUGGCAUCCACCAAACCCAUAUUCGUCCUUCAGACUGCCAGAUGGUGAUGCGUGAUUCAUCACUCCAGAGAACGCGUUUCCACUGCUCCAGAGUCCAAUGGCGGCGAGCUUUACACCACUCCAGCAUGGGGAUCUUAGGUUUGGCUGCUUGGCCAUGGAAACCCAUUUAAUGAAGCUCCUGACAAACAGUUAUUGUGCAGACGUUGCUUCCAGGGGCAGUUUGGAAUUCAGUAGUGAGUGUUGCAACCGAGGACAGACGAUGUUUACGUGCUACGUGCUUCAGCACUCGGCGGUCCCGUUCUGUGAGCUUGUGUGGCCUACCACUUCACGGAUGAUCCAUUGUUGCACCUAGACCAGGGUUCCCCAACUGGCAGCCCACAGGCCGAAUUUGGCCCGCGGGUGGUUUUAUUUGCCCCCCCCCCCCCCCCCCUCCCCACACAGUUUUCUGAGCAAAAAAAAAACUAUGGAACUGUUUGUUGGACCUAAAAGACUGUAAAAAAAAACACCAGGAAAUCAGCUCCAAGUGAUUUUAAUUUGAGAAAUCUGUUCCCAAGUAUUCCCACACAUAGUAGAGAGACAAGUGAUAGAAUACAAAUGUAAGCAAGGUUUGAAAUGUUUAUGUUUUAGUCAAACAUUAUAUAUGUUUGGGCUUCUUGCGGUCAAUUUGCGGUCUACAAAUUAUUUGUAAUUAUGUUCCGGCCCCCCGACCAUCUGCUCCAGAAGAAAUCGGCCCGCGGCUGAAUUUAGUUGAUGAUCCCUGUCCUAGACGUUUCCACUUCACAAUAACAGCAUUUACAGUUGACCGGGGCAGCUCUAGCAGGGCAGAAAUAUGAUGAACUGACUUGUUGGAAAGGUGGCAUCCUAUGACGGUGCCAUGCUGAAAGUCACUGGGCUCUUCAGGAAGGCCCUUCUACUGCCAAUGUUUGUCUAUGGAGAUUGCGUGGCUGUGUGCUGGAUUUUAUACACCUUUCAGCAACGGUUGUGGUUGAAAUAGCCGAAUCCACUAAGUUGAAGGGUGUCCACAUACUUUUGGCCAUAUAGUGUAUAUGUACCUAUUCCACCUCCUGAUAUCUGUCCUCCUCCUCUUCCACAGUUCUCUCACUACUUCGACUCCACCUACUCCUCCUCCUUUAACCGUGAAGAGAAGAGACCCAUCUACAGCUGUGAAUAAUACUACUGCAUAUUACUGAGUAUUACUGAGUAUUACUGCAUAUUACUGAGUAUUACUGAAUAUUACUGAGUAUUACUGAAUAGUACUGAAUAUUACUGAGUACUACUGAAUAGUACUGAAUAUUACUGAGUACUACUGAAUAUUACUGAGUAUUAUUGAAUAGUACUGAAUAUUACUGUGUAUUACUGAAUAUUACUGAGUAUUACUGAAUAGUACUGAAUAGUACUGAAUAUUACUGAGGAUUACUGAUGCUAAUAGUAUUUUGUCAUAAUAUUACUGAUAAUGUAAUAAUAAUGUAUGUGUGUGUUCCAGUGAGGAAGGAGUCCAAGAGUUUCCCGGGCCACCAGCUGGAGUUAGACCCCCCUGUGAAGCUGCAGGAUGCUAGGGUACAGCAGGAGAACACUGCAGGCAGAGCAGCAGGAUGCUAGGGUACAACAG